CUUAGCCACGCCUUUUUCCGAGUCGAACUCGAAGUGAAGGUUGUUUGAUUAGCUGCAAAGCUCUCAUCUCUGUCGACAAACAAAAAUUUUAUCAUACUCUUGAAAAAGUUCUUUAAAAAUCAUGAUUCGCCAGAUUACCUGUGUGGCUGCAGGCAUGGGAAGUGCAGUUGCAUUUGUAACAACACAAAAGCUGCAAGCAAAAGAUAUGGUCGCUUGCCAUGAGUGUCGUAUGAAAAGACUUCCUAAAGCUCGAGAAUUACCAAUAUAUGAUAAGAAUGAAAAUCUUUCCAUUGAGUAUGAUGAAACUUCUGUACCUCCAAUGAUGUCUGGGAUAUCAUCUCUUAGACAACAGUUGGUGAAAUAUGGUUCAUAUUUAGAUGUUGCAAAAGAAGAAGCUGUUCAUAUAUAUGAAACAGGAGUUGCACAUUCACAAUCUUCAUUUGAAUAUUUAAAAGACGAAGAAAACAAAAUAGCUCGAAUAGCUAUAAUUGGAUCUGGAGGAUUAAUAGGAUAUCUCUAUGCAAGAAGAGGAGGCAUUAUAAAAAAACUUCUCAUGCCUUGUAUUGGAGUUGGAGCUAUGUUUUCCAUUUUUUAUCCAAGUAUAGCAAAAACAUAUGCUGUAAAUGGAUUUGAGUUUACAAAGCAUCAUGUUGAUAAUGCUCUUUCACAAUAUGGAGGUUAUGAUACUGGGAAAAUGGCUGAAGAUACAAAUGCAAAACUUGAACAACUAAAAAAGUUCAUGAAAUAUGAAGGUCUUUUGGAGAAACUGAAAAACAUGUUCAACAAUAGUACUAAUGCAUCCAAAAAGACAAGUCUUGAAAAUGAUGAAAAUAAAUCCGAUCAAGAUCUCUAUACCACUAGAACACCUACAUAGGGAUGCUAUUAUUAUUUACAUAAAAAAUGUACUUGUGAUAAAAUUGGAGGGAAAAAGUUCUGAACCAUUUUAAAGACUAUUGAAAAAUGACAGCUUCUGAUGUACUUCAAUUUGUUCUUUGCAUUUCGUUUCUUUACACUUUAAAUUAUAGUUAUUAAAGAGUAAUCAAGCUUAAUGAAUCUUAUCUUUCUGG